GUGGCCCGUGCGUCCCAACGGAGCAGCUCCCUGGGUAUGGUCAAGAAGGAGCCGGGGACUUGGUCAUUGAAUGACGGCCGGGCUUCCGCUCAGCUAACUAAUAACUGCACAACUCCGAAGACUUCAACGUGGCAUCAAGCUGAACAACAUCCCAAAGAGCACGCCACCUCCCCGCCAGCUGCGUCGCUCAUCCACUUCGCAUCACGACUGCCAUUAUGGGCACUUGAAAGACGCCACUGCUCUGAUUUGUUUUCCUCUUUGCCAGACGACGUAAUCGGAUUCUCUCCAACACUUGGGGAAACGCCGUCGUCAAGAUGCGCGUGGCCAUGUACGCCGGGACCUCGGCGGCCCUCGCGGCCGCGGUUGUCACGUCCGCAUUCUACCAGCGCGCCAACUUCUACUCCGCCAUGGUCUAUCUGUCGCAGAGCAACUUAUGCUUGAUGAUCCUCAUCAACCUCGUCUUCCUCGUCUACGGCUCCUUCAUGUACGGACUCCAGCGCCUCUGCUUCGGGACCCUCAGGCCCGUCGAGGUCGAGCAGCUCUACGAGAAGGCAUGGUUUGCUAUCACCGAGACCUGCCUGGCCAUGACCGUGUUCCGCGAAGAGGUCGGCGCCUUCUUUAUCGUCAUGUUCACCGCCCUCAUCACGGGCAAAGUCUGGGGGUGGAUCGGCGAGGGGCGGGUCGAGGUCUUUGAGCAACAACCACCUGCGAACCCCCGCCUCUUCCACGCCCGCCUCGUUGUGUCGCUGCUCACGAGCAUCCUCUACAACUCGUGGCUUCUGAGCUACUGCAUCAACACGGUCAUCGCGCAGGCCAAGCCAACCAUGAUGGUCAUGUUCUUGUUCGAAUUCGCGGUCCUGGCGGUUGGCUCCCUCCACACCGGGCUGCGGUACGUUAUCUCGCUGGUCGAGGCCAGUGUUGUCAAGAGGCAGACAGCCCAGAGGUUGGAGCAACGAAGGCGGGAGGUCAGAGAACAGAGGGCCGAGAUCCUGCGGCGAAGAGAGGCUGGCGAGUCCACCGAAGAUAACGAGCCACUGCCGGACGAGGACGACAUUGAUGAGAUGGACAUCGAAGUCCCAGGUUGGGACACCAAGGGCCAGUGGAUCUUAUUCCUGGACCUCUUCGCUGAUCUGCUCAAAUUAUCAGUCUACAGCGCUUUCUUCUGUGUCUUGCUCGUCUUCUACGGCCUACCGAUUCACAUCAUGAGGGACCUCUUUAUGACCACGAGGAGCUUCAUUAAGCGAUUGUCAGCCUUGAUGAGGUAUAAACAAGCACUGAGGGAUAUGAACCGAUACCCAGACGCUACGGCGGAAGACUUGGCCCGCGAGGAUACUUGCAUCAUCUGCCGAGAGGAGAUGCGGCCUUGGGACCCGAACGCCGGACAGGUCGAGAGAACCAGGCCGAAGAAACUCCCAUGUGGUCACAUUUUGCACUUUGGUUGUCUCAAGAGCUGGUUAGAAAGGCAGCAAGUCUGCCCGACUUGUCGUAGCUCCGUCGUCGUCGACCAGCAGCCGAGAAAUGGUCAGUAUCGCCCCAGAAUGGCGUUCCACAUACAGCCGAACCUACCAGGCGGGCAGAAUCAGCCCGCACCUCAAAAUGGCCAGGCACCCGGCGGGCAGGAUGCACAGCUUAAUGGGCAGGCCGGGCAGGCCGGGCAACAACAACAACCUCAGGGCCCUAGGGCGGCCAUGCGAUACAUCAACCUCGGCCCGAUCAGAUUGGGAUAUGCUCAGGGUGGACAAGAGGUGGCAGAGCUGGCGAACCGUAUGGGCGUCGAUCUCAAUGGGCCUAAUGCUCCAGCGGCAGCGCAGGCGAACAUCCCCCCAACAAACCCUGCGGACCUAUCCACAAUGGAAGCCGUUCGUGACAGGCUGCUCGAAGUUGACCAGAGAAUCCAGCAGGAAGUCCGCGACAUACAGCAAGGCAUCCAGAACGUCCAUACAGCACAGCAUGAACUGCAGCUGAUCAACAUGAUGCUUGCGGAGCUCACACGCAUCCGACAGCUGAAUCUUGGCCAGCAACAACCCAUGGCCCAGCCUGGCCAACCGACCCCGACUCCUAAUGGGGCGGUUCCGGCCCCGGGUCCGGCCGUGCACGCUCCACAAGCGGGUGUAGCGCCGAUACCACCACCGGUCGCGUAUCCCGCUGGCCAAAUCCCACUCCCCACAAUGCCCCAGGCGUCAAACCCUUUCAUUCCUAGGAUAAACUCACCCACUGUCACACGUCACGGAGUGAUGCCACAGCAAACAGCGAUUCCUUCUGGCAGCGCAGAUCUUCCCGAGGGUGUUGUGAUCCCGCCAGGAUGGUCCCUCAUGCCUCUCCAGCGACUCGACGGAGGUGCGGUCCCAGCAGCAAAUGUGCCCCAAGCCUACGGCGGAGCCACAACGAGUCACCCACCGGAAGGGGCUCAGCAGGCUGGUCAUAGCCAACCUAGCGGAGCUUUGCCACCCCAGCCCUCGAGCAAUACCGGAGGAGUGGCCUUGGGCGUUAACGGCGGCACCUCAUCCUCCGAGGAUUUCCACAGCACAACCUCUCCACAAGUUCCGCGACAGUCUACCGCCGAGCCGCCUCAAGUGGCAGCCCCAACACCGGUCACGCCGGUCUGGGGCGGGCCAGCGCAGCUGUUUGGCGGCGACAGGGGCGGCGGUCCUUCUUUGCCAUUUGGCCUGGAGCGACAAGCCGGCUCCAGCCGGUCCGCCUCCCAGACCCGCGAAGGCGAGAAUAGCAGCACCACUCAGGAGGCUGGUGAACAGGGUGUCGUCACCAGUUCGGGUGGGGAGCCGAGUGCGUCAGCUGCUGCUCCUCCACCACCAGAAGCAGCACCAGCGACUGAGGAACACGGGGACGCUUCUCCAUCGACAGCUGCCAAGGGCAAAGCGCCUGCUGCUACGGUUGAGGAUGCCGAGGAUUGAUUUUGUUGCAGGGGAAGCGGGGUUUUAAAGCGGGUUGUUUUUUUAAGCACAUUCUGUAGCGCUUGUCGAUCGAUAGCCAGACAUACGAGAUACCAACCUAUGGAUCAGUCUUUCAGCUGCUGUGGAGAGUCCUGCUCUCCUGCUGGUGAUUACAGGUGUGUGCAGGAAGGGCAAUGCCCCCAGCGUUUCCGUGUAAAUAUUCGCCUGGCUCCGGACCCGGAGAGUCAUUCUACUGCUGUCGCAAGCAAUUGACCCGUCUCUUACUGCUUGCUGUGCAGGAAGCAGGACGUGACUGUUCUCACCGGUACGGCCGCUUCCUCCAGAUGGGAAGAUGUCACCCACCACGAGCGAUCCACGCGGGCAACCCGCCAUGCCCGUGCCGA